AUGAUUUUCGUGAGCGACCUGGUGACCUUGCAGCAGCGUGGCAAGUACCAGGGGAUCCUGGGAUCUUGUGUGGGGCUCGGAAAUGCUUUAGGUCCGUUUGUGGCUAGUGGUUUCGCAAGCAGUGUCAGCUGGCACGGAAAUUUCUACUUUCUGUGUCCGCUCACCGCAGUUAUAGCCGUGGUCAGUGCGGUGUUUGUGCCCUCGCCUCCAGACUUCAAGAUUAAAUGGUCGAAUUUCAAGAACAUCGACUACUACGGUUUUUUCACAAGCUCCAUUGGAAUCAUUUUGUUUUUAGUUGCUAUUUCGGGCGGCGGAAACACAUACGAGUGGGACUCUCCGCUGGUGAUCAGUCUGCUCACCAUUGGCGGAGUGUUCUUCCUGAUUUUUCUGUUCACACAGUGGAAGAUCUCCCGUUUGCCAAUGAUGCCUCUUAGAGUGUACAAAACGCCAAGCGUUGCAAUCAUGAUGACGCAGAACUUCUUAUUCGGCAUGGUGUUCUACGCCAACAUGUACUUCAUGCCGCUGUACUUCCAGCUGGUGCGAGGAUGGAGCUCCUACCAGUCCGCGUGUCUGACGCUUCCAAUGGUGGUUGUGCAGGCGCUCAGCAGUACGAUCUCUGGAUUCCUGAUUUCCUAUUUCCAGCAUUAUAACUUCAUCAUUAUUCCAGGCUUUGGACUCUGGCUAUUGGGCCUGUGUUUGGAGUUUGCGCUUUUUAGCAAAUCCGUCCCAAUGGUGGGGAUCUGUUUCAUUGUGUUUGUCCAGGGACUUGGAGUCGGCUUCGUGUUCCAGCCUACCAUCAUUGCAUUACAAGCACAUACGCGCCUGCCCGAUAGAGCAGUGGUGAUUGCAACUAGAAAUUUCAACCGUUCCGUCGGGGCAGCCGUUGGAAUGGCUUCUUGCUCGGCGAUAAUGUCCAAUCAAUUCCGCAGCAAGCUCCGCUCGUCGAAUGUUGGAUUAACCAGCAAAGAGAUUGAGAAAUUGAGCAAACACAUUUACGCCAUAGAUUUGACGGCGUACAGUCCCGAGAUCCAAACCAAGUUGCGCGACAUUACCUACCACGGACUGCGCACAGUGUUUAUUUUCUUUAUCCCGCUGAUAGGGGCCUGCUUCGUAUUGGCAUUUUUGAUUAGAGACCGCGGACUGCAGGGCGUAGGCGAAAAGAAAGAGCCGCAACAAUCGACGGACGCUGAGCAGAACAAGGAACAGGAGUCUGACGCUGAGCAGAGCCACGAUAAGGAGAGCCACGAUGAGGAGAGCUGCGAUGAGGAGAGUAAGGAUAAUACGGAACGCAAAUGA